AUGACAAUAUUAUUAUCUGUGCACCGGCAAGUCUCACUAACUGAUUAUAUACUUUUAACAUUUGGAAUUCAGUACCGCGCCAGCGAUCUGCGUUGGCGCACGCCUGCUAGUGUAGUGGUACUAUUUUGUUCUAUUUUUGAAAAAAUGUCGUUAAAGUUAUUUCUUUUUUUAACGGUCGUAGGUUUAGUGGCUGCUGAGGGCCCUAAUCCUACGAUCCGUGUGGCUCAUGGGCUACUGCAGGGAUCUUGGAAGGUGUCCACUAAAGGCAGGUCCUACGCUAGCUUCCAGGGCGUUCCUUAUGCAAGGCCACCGAUUGGAAAGUAUAGAUUUAGGGAACCCCAGCAGCUGAAGCCAUGGCUCGGAGUAUGGGACGCCACCAGGCCACUCCCCGGGUGUCUGAAGUACGACCCCUUCGUGAAGGAGAUUACAGGUAGCGAGAACUGCUUGUACGUGAACGUGUUCACUCCGAAGAUGAACCCUGGCGCCAACCUACCAGUCGUGGUCUUCAUCCAUGGAGGAGCCUUCAUGUAUGGUGAAGGAGCGAUAUAUGACCCCAGCAACCUCAUGGACCGGGAUAUGGUUGUGGUCACCUUGAACUACCGACUUGGACCUCUAGGUUUCAUAAGCACAGGCGAUGAGUUCGCACCAGGCAACAUGGGUCUGAAGGAUCAGUCGUUUGCCCUGCACUGGAUCAAGAAUAACAUCCUCAUGUUUGGAGGCAACCCUGACAGCAUCACCUUGACCGGCUGCUCUGCUGGCGGCGCCAGCGUGCACUAUCAUUACCUGUCGCCUUUGUCCAGAGGAACCUUUCACCGAGGCAUAGCGUUCAGUGGAUCUGCCCUUACGGAAUGGACCCACUCCAUCAAGCCUGCUGAGAAGGCCAAGGCGCUGGCUGCCAUCGUCGGCUGUCCCACCAACAAUAACAAGGAAAUGAUGGACUGCCUCAAGUAUAGGCCAGCUGAAUCCAUCGUCAACGCACAAAUUGACAUGUUUGAAUGGAAAGUGCACAUGUUCACGCCGUUCUCUCCAGUGGUAGAGCCCCCAGGAGUCCGGGAGCCGUUCCUGCAGCAGUACCCGUACCAUGCUACAAGAGCUGGACAGAUGAUGAACGUGCCACUCAUUGCUAGUGUCACCUCGGAGGAAGGAUUGUACCCGGGUGCCGUUUACCAAGAGUCACCAGACCUAUUGCCGGAUCUAGAAGCCCACUGGAACCAGCUGGCUGCCAACAUCUUCGAGUACAAUGACACACUGCCACUUAGCCGACGUGACGAGGUUGCUCAGAAGAUCAAGCAGCACUACUUGGGAGGCAAGCCCGUUAGCCAGGAGACAUACCCACAGCUGAUUCAGGCUCUAAGCGACCGUCUCUUCGUGGCUGAUGUAGGCAAGAUGGCGCAGAUCCACGCCGCCAAGUCUGGACAACCGACCUACGUGUACCGGUACGCAUUCCGAGGCACCUCCAGUCUGUCCAACUUGAUGGCACACAACGAUGAAAAUUACGGUGUGAGCCACGGGGACGACGUGCUGAGCAUCUUCAGCUACCCUGGAAUGAUCCAAAAUGAAAAGGAUUCAGCCAUGAUUGAAGCGCUCAUUGACAUGAUCUACAGCUACUCCACAACCGGAACUCCCAAGUUGAUCAACGGCGGACCUGUAUGGGAACCUGUGAAGCCUGGCUCCCCUGAACUGAACUACUUGGAUAUCCUGUCCCCACGCAGAUGGAAAUGA